UCUUGUUCUCUCUAUCAGGAUGCACCGACAACGCGCAGCUCUGGCAGUCGUCGUCGUCGUCGUCCAAUUUCUUAAACCGCAGUGGUAGACGUGGUUGUCCCUCUACGCCAAUAAACCACGCAAACAAACAACAUGCAGCCCAACGCACCCGACGCACGGGGCUCUGCCACGGCCAAACCAUGUCACUAUAGGACAGUGUGUCGGUGAUGGACAAGCCGGUACCACAAUACCCGUUUCCAGAACCUAAACCUGGAAACCUGCGGGCCUGCCACUCUUGCCCAUGCUUGACGGCGCGCGUCACGGAUCCGGUCGAGGUCACGAAUACCUCGUGCUCUAUGUCCUCUUUUUAUCUUAUUUUACCGCUUGUUCGUGUUGUGUUGCAGCUCAAAACGCCCGCUCGUCGAGCGCCGACCCAGACAGCGCCCCCCUUUGCAACCCCUGGUAACAAGACGGCUCUUGCUCCAUUGCACGCUAAUAAGUGUCUCCUAUACCUGGUGGCGUGUGGAUCUAUCGCAAUUCCGAGUAUCAACCUCAGCAAUGUACACCUUUUGGUGUACCUCUCUUGCGAGUCACGACAAGCUUGGAAGCAAGACACCAAGCUCCCCUCCACGAGGCCCGAAGCCCAAUGCGAACUGUGGAUACCAGCAUUUAGCCAUGCUCGCCCUGACGUUGUUUCCAUUACCACACGCUGCCCAGUUUGCCUACCCCCAAGCACAACAACACGCCGUCAUUACGAGAGGGUAAUGGAAACAACCCGAGACCCUUCUCUUCCCACAAUUACCCCAGGUUUCUGUCCGCUACUUGGUCCGCCCAUCUUCUGUCAGCUUACAGACCGUAAAUUAGUCUUUGUCCGAGGAAUGCCCCAGCAAUAGGACGACAUGUGUAUCACGGUACAGGGCCAGAAGAAGAAUGCGCAAGAUCACGAGACGGCAUACGUUGAGGAUGGUCCUUGCCUAGUUCAUGUCUACUAUUCCUCUUCACUCACCCUCCGCCUCCCCGAGUGGCCCGGCAGCGCGGCGGCUGACCCCGUCAGCCGCCCCAAGCCAGACACAGCCCGUUCCCCAGCAA